ACAAUACACGACCGCAUACUUGAUUUAAAAAGCAAACCUACCUUAGUACAAGUCAGUUGUAAACCGGCAUUCGCUCGCCACGUCCGUCACAAUGAAGCCAUUAUUUCUAAUAUGCUGUAUGGUUCUGGCUGUCAUGGCGUCAGAAGACCAAAAAGCACUUGAAACCUUGCUCCACGAUGGGAACAACAAAUUCACUACAAACAUGUUUAAAGAAGUCGCAAAAGCAAAUCCAGAUAAAAGUAUGGUCAUAUCAGCGUUCUCCGUGUUGACCCCACUCGCACAGCUUGCCCUGGCUUCCGUGGGGGAGUCUCAUGACCAACUUCUGGAUGCCAUCGGCAUGCCGAAUGACAAUGUUACUAAGGAAGUUUUCUCUUUGGCAAACACAAGAGUGCGUUCCAUCAAAGAUGUGAUUCUGAAGCAAGCUAGUAAAAUUUACGUUGCCAAGGGCUUUGAGUUAAAUACUGAUUUUGCCAGUGUAACAAAACAGACAUUCGAUUCUGAAGUCCAAAACAUUGACUUCACACUGUCACAAAGUGCUGCCAACGAAAUGAAUACUUGGGUCGAACAACAAACUAAUAACCGAAUCAAAGAUUUAGUUGACCCGGACAACUUAAACUCUGACACUAGAGCUGUCUUACUUAACGCAAUUUACUUCAAGGGAGAAUGGGAAGCAAAAUUCGACAAAGAACUUACCCGCGAGAGAGACUUUCAUGUAAAUAAUAAAAUUACAAAAAAAGUUCCUAUGAUGUACAGAAGAGGAGAUUACAAGUAUGGCGAAAGCGCUGAACUUAAUUCCCUGAUAUUAUCAAUGCCCUACAAAGGAGGUGAAACUUCUUUAGUUAUUGUACUACCGAACGAAAUUGAAGGUAUUGUACAACUAAAAGAAAAAUUGAAUGAUCCAAAAGUAUUAGACAAUGCUCUCGCCAAUUUGUAUGAAAGAGAAGUCGAUGUGUAUCUUCCCAAAUUCAAAAUUGAAACUACGACUGACCUAAAGGAUAUUCUAAAAAAGAUGCACGUUGACAAUAUGUUUAGCGCCCAAAAGGCUAGACUAAAUAAUCUUCUUAAAAAUAUGGAGGAUAAUUUAUAUAUUGACUCAGCUACACAAAAGGCUUUCAUUGAAGUAAAUGAAGAGGGUGCAGAGGCUGGUGCUGCAAAUGUAUUCACCGUAGUUGGUCUGUCUGCAUUCAUUCCAAAGCAACCGGUGCAGUUCAGAGCGGAUCAUCCAUUCUUGUUCUUCUUAUUGGACAAUACUAACAUUCUGUUUAACGGAAUCUACUAUUUAUAGAACUCAAACUUAACCAUCACAUCCUAAGCGACACACCAGAAUUUUAUGCCAAUAGACCUUUUUACUUCGUAAUUAAAAUUAAGUCUUUAACAUUGUUCAAUGGUAUAAUGACCGCAACGUAAAAAUACUUUCCUAAAACUUUAAAAACAACCUUGUAAUCUAAUCAUAUUUUAAAACCUAUAUAGAAGCUAGAAAGAAUAUUAUUUUUGCAGAAUAUAUUUUUGAUAAAUAUAUACGGUUACAUUGUGUCUAUUAAUAAAUUUAAUUUAAUAUAUGUAUAUGUAGUUUGCAUAAUGCGUAAUAAUGCAUAAUGCCUAAUAAUGCAUAAUGCGUAAUGCGUUUAGUCUUUUUUAAUAAUGAUUUAUAUGGAUUUAUAUACCUAUUGAUAAAUAUAUCCAAUUUUCUGAACUAAA